AUGGAUUCUAUUCCUAUUCUUUCACUGGACAAUAUAGGUAUACGGGUGUGUCUUAGAGAAGGGAUGAGAGUCAAAUCAUGUAAUGGUGUUAACUAUUGGAAAGAUGGUCUUCAGUGUACCCUUCUGUCUGUAUCAGUAAGUGACAAUCUUAUUGAGAGUCCAGGGCACGUUUAUACAGAUCUUGACAGUUGGACAAUGGAUUCCGAUAGCUGUUCGCCCAAUCCGUGUCCUGAUGGUACAAAGUGUGCCCUGUCCAGAAGUAACGGUUAUGUAUGCUUAUUAUAUGAUCCUGUGCCAAAUCCCUGUGAACCAAACCCAUGCAAUAACGGUGGCAUAUGCACUGAAAUAACGGCUGAUACAUUUAGUUGUGAUUGUGAUUCGGCUUGGACAGGAGACAGAUGUGACGAUCCUGUGCCAAAUCCCUGUGAACCAAACCCAUGCAAUAAUGCUGGGAGUUGCACUGAAUUAACGUCUGAUUCAUUUAGUUGUGAUUGUGAUCCGGUUUGGAGAGGAGACAGAUGUGACGUCAUAUGCAGGGAUGGGGUGUGGCCUGGAUACUACGUACAUAAUGGUGUUCAAUACCCCUGGUCGAUGUCAAUACAGUUUGAUGCAAAUUCAAUAAGCGGAGGAGGAUCCGAUAGUGUUGGCACAUUUACCAUUGACGGAUCUUGGGAUCCAUUAUCUAAGGAUAUCAAUUUUGUGAAAGCGUAUACUUCUCAUACUGUAUCUUACACUGGUCAAGUUACAGCUGACGUGUGUACAAUGUAUGGUCUGUAUCAAGUAGGAAGUACGACUGGGGCUUUUAACAUGACAAUUUGUACUUGA